AUGACUGGCUUACUAUCCACGGAGUUCUGGGGCUGCGCCAACUCAACUUUAAAUGAGAUAAAGAAACAUGAAAAUUGGACAGGAAGGGGUUGCUGCUACUUGGCGCAGAAUCCGAUAUGUAGAUCCACAUGCGUCGUAUCAGGGUCUAGAAGACACCUGACCGAAUCCUGUCGGCCGAGCGACGAGCCCGAGUUUUUCUCGUGUUUGGAAAGACGCGUGGAAGCAGAGCAUUGCUGUAGCAACGUGUCCAAUGAUACCUGCAGAUCCAUAUGUCGGGAUCUAUUCUACAAACCCGGGAAAAUCUCGAAUUUAAAGAUGUACAGUAGCAAAGGUUGCUUCCAUCAGGUUCCAAAGUGCUUGAAAAGCGUCGCUGAGGUGAAACACGCCGAAGAUCCCAAACAACAUCUGCAUUGCUGUAACGAGGCUGUUACUCCAGCUUGUCUGGAAACUUGCAAAAGAGUCCUCCACACUGCCACCACAGAGCAGGAGAUCAUGGACGCUCUGUCGGAAAAGUGUAGACCAGUUUUACCACAGACACCAAUCUGGAGUUGUCUGCUAAAGUCUGGAUCCUCGAAACCGGCGCGUUUGCCACUGGACGCUGGCAAACUAUCGUGCUGUACGAAAGCAACGAAGCCAUCGUGUCAGAAUUUGUGCUGGAGAGCGUUUCAGGCUGACUGGGAGGUAGCGUGGGUUCAGUUGGAUGGGGAAUGCCUGUCCUCCAAUUUGGAGGGAGAGUUGAGAAGGUGUCUCGAGGAUGCAGAAGACCCCUGCGAGAUGGGCUGCUCUGGACUGUCUUAUUGCGCUCGAUUCAACGACAGAUCGACGACGUUGUUCAGGACUUGUUCAGCAGCAGCCGACGAAGCAGCCAAAUGGGAAGCCGACCACUGGUCCAGAGGUGGAAUCGUUCGAGGCCUAGGUGUACCCGUUCGCGCAGCCGCUUCUUGCCCGCCAGAGACGUUGCGGGCAGCCGCCUGUCUGUUGCAACUGAGACCAUGUGAGAACAGGAUCCAUGAGACGAGACUUUGUCGAGAGGACUGUCUAGAGUUGAUGGCCAGCUGCGUAGACUGGUCCGCCAUUACUGGACCCUAUACAGCCAAUGCUUUGUGCGCGAAGCUAUCGCCAGGAAAAUCAGAUGCCCCUUGCGUCUCCUUGAGGCCGUUCCUGGAGGAUCCUCGCGACACCGAACCGGUCGUACGCCUCGAAGAGGAUAUCAUGACACCCUGCAGAAGCAAUCCCUGUGCCCAAGGCGAUGUCUGCGAGUUAUCACCCCUCGGACGCGAAAUCUACCGUUGCGUGCCAGGCUGUUCCUUAGGAGAAAUGUCGAAGCAGUUGGUGCCUAUGGGAUCCUGGGUACAGAUACCCCGAUUCGAUCAGCAAGGCUGCCUCAGGAUCUGCCAGUGCACGACACGAGGGAUGGUGAACUGUAAGACGCUGAACUGCUUCAAGUUCCACUCCUGUUGGGUGCACGACCGCUUUAUUGCUCACAAGGCCAACUUUUACCUGGAAUGUAAUCCUUGUCAUUGUUUCGAGGGAGAAUUCACGUGUUCGAAGAGGAGCUGCGGGGAGGUGCGAGCCCUCUCGUUGCCUUGCGAUUGUCCUGCUCACUACGUCCCUGUCUGUGGAAGAUUAGGCUUCACUUUCGCUUCAGGGUGUCUGGCCAAGUGCGCAGACUUCUCCCCCAACGAAGUGGAAUUCGGCAGCUGUUCUUCCAGAGAUCCCUGCGCGUCCAACCCUUGCGAUAGCACAGAGAAGUGCGUCAGGAGGACGAGGGUCUGCUUGUCCAGACUCCAUAAGCCCUGCCGCCAGUACGAAUGCGUUUCUCUCGACUGCGAUCCUCGGGAGUUCAGUGGGCCAGUUUGCGACAGAGAGAACCGCCAGCAUCACUCUAUGUGCGCCAUGAUUCACGCUGGAGCCACCAUAGGCUACAGAGGACCCUGCUUGGUGGGAUGUUCCUUGCGAGGGCCAGUAUGUGGAGUAAACGGCGAGGUCUACGCGAACGAGUGCGUUGCCUGGGCAGAGAAGACCGUCGUCGACUACUUUGGUCCAUGCGUCGUCGUUGGAUUGAUCGGCGAUCAAGCCAAGCCUCGUUGCGGCGAUCUCGUUCAGUGUCCUCAAUUGAUAAAGCCCUACUGCGUCGCGGUGACACCACCUGGUGCAUGCUGUCCAGUAUGCGGCGGAGCGGCCAAGCUGUUCUACUCCAAGAAACAGCUGGACAGGAUAUAUUACACGAUGGACGAGGAGGCGGACAAGGACUCUGUGACGUUGGAAGCUCUGCUGACCGCUCUAGGAAGACAAAUCCAGGUAGCACAGUGCGCUCUUCGCGGAAUGAUGACGCCUGACCUCGACAUAUUCAUCAUCGUUCAACCUACGGUGAUAAGGCCUUCGACCUUGCAGCUGCGAGCUUGCGUAACAGAGACUGAGAAGCUAGUUACCAGAAUUUUGGAGAGGAGCCCUAAAAUCGCGAUCGAGGUGCCGUUGGGUGCGCUCACAGGAGCGGAAAUUGCUCAUAGUUACGUAUCCGGUGCCAUCACGAUCGGGGGAUGUCUCGUACAACUUUUCCUUGCAACCUUUGUCCGUGCUUUUAUCUCGUGAAAACUGUAAGGGGAAGGAGAGGGUAUGAGAGGUAACGCCGAGGCUACCCCAACGAGUGCAAAUCCUCAUCGAUCGCACGUAUUUUCAAAAGGUGCUAAGCAUUUUCAUUUACCUACUGACGUUUGCCAUUCGUGGCGACGCCGAUUUCAUGACUGUGAUUCUUCUAGUGCCUACGUAAUAUACAGGAAAGUAGAAUGUAUUUUCGUCGAUCUUUUAAUAUUGCCAAAGAAAACGGAGUACGUGGAACGUGUACAAAAACACAUAAUCACCCGAAGGCUGAGUGGUUAUGCAAAUUGUAAAUAAAGUCCUCCUAACUUAAGUUACCAAACAACGUGUCCGCCGAAUCUCCCAUUGUAUCUUCGCAGAUACGAUAGUCGAUAGAAAAUACUCUUUCGAGCAAUCCAAAUUCCGCAACACGAGAUCACUAAAAUCAUCGAUGGUCCGAGUUUCAAACGACAAAGCUACGCGGUGUCAGUGAAUUUAGAUUGCUCACGGACGAAUUACUGACAGGAUCGUUACUUCCGUAAAUGUUACGUAUACUUCGUUAUUGUACCGUUAAAUACAAAAUGUUUGUAUAGUCAUUUGUAAGUUUAAUAAUAAAUCUCUAAUUUUACUCAUA